AUGGAUGAACAAUUAAUCGAUGAAGUAGCUUUACAUGCGGUUAUAUACAAUCGUCAGAAAUAUUACCUCAAUGGCAGUGUAAAUGGUCAAAAUCCCAAUGGCAAUAAAUAUGAGACAAAAGAUGAAGCCUGGCAGGCUAUAGCAUUAAAGUUACGAAGUGAUGUGGAAACGUGUAAAAAACGAUGGAAAUAUUUACGUGAACGUUAUGUCAGCCAACGUAAACAAGGCGAUCCACCCGUUUACGAACAUCUCUCGAGGCCAUAUUUGGAAAAAAUGAAAUUUCUCGAUCAACAUAUACAGCCCCGCAAAUCAUAUCGAAAUGUGCCGAAUUUCCUCACUUCUCCCCAUUCGACGAACGGUUCUAGUUUCAAUGAUUACAAUAUGGACUCAAAAUCGAAUAGUUCCCUUAAAAAUAUUGGUCAUUUUGGUCAACAUCAUCAUUUUCAGGAUCAACAACAUGCCAUGAACGCGUUAAGUACAGCAGCGGCUGCUGCCUCCGCCUUGGAGGGUGAUAGUCGUGUUAAAAUCGAAGCCGAUCAAGUAUUUCGUGAUUUUGCUGCCGCCGUAGCCUCACAACAUGGCCAACUAACACCCAUGCUACAAACAUACAAUGAACAUUUUCGUGAUGCUGCCACCAGUGCUUUAUCGGCUGUGGUGGCCAAUACGGCCACAACGAAUGGUAACAAUGGUGGUCUGCACUCGUCAUCGUCAUCUAUGAAAUCACCGCUUUCCUCACCAUUGGGAGCAACACAAAAUGGUUCAAACAGUGCUGGUCACUCGACAUCUACACCCAAUCAUCAUACCGCCUCCUCUGCCUCCGCAAAUAACCUCAAUAAGCAUUUCAAUGACUCUCAACAUGAGGAUAUGGAUUCAUCGAGUAGUAGUAAUUAUACGAAAAAACCUAGAGUACAAUUAAACAACUCGUCCACGGAAAAUGCCCUUCAUCACAAUGGCAGUAUACAUCACAAUAGUUUAGCCCAUAAUAAUAAUCAUCAUCAUCAGCUUAACAACUCCAACAAUUCACAAUUUGGUGGCACCAAUGGUAUAACAGGCAAUGGCGAAGAAUCUGAUGAAGAUUCCGAUGAAAACAGUGCAUCCAUGAUGCAACCCCAAAGUAUACUUACGGAUACCGCCAAUGCCGAAAAUCCCUUCAAUAGCAUACCACCAGCAGCAUCACCGGCACCCUCAAAUGCCUCCUCCACCAACGCUUUACAACGUUCCAAUUCAACACACCUCAAUACAAAUACACCAAAUGGUGUCAAUCAACCGACGGCCGCCAUGUUUCCAACAAAUGCAGACUUCCUUUUCCAACUGUAUCAACAAUUACCGCAACAUCAAAAUAAUCUGCAGCAACAACAACAGCAGCACCAGCAACAACAUCAACAAUUUGGUAAAUUUCAAGUGCCACAAACACCACCGCCAACACCGACGGUCCAACGUAGUUCGGAACAGUUGUUGGGUGAGCUGGUGACCACCGAACUAUUGAAAAUGUCCAAGGAGAGGCGUAAAAGUGUACAAAAGCGAAUAUUGGAAAUAUUAUUUUUUGAUGAUUAA